AUGUCGAUUUCGCGAGACUUCGCUCUCCCAGCGGAGCAAGACUCUUCGAUGCAGGACGACAUAGAGCUGCACAGUCGCCAAAGCCAAUCCUCCAAUACAAACGUUUCCGACGAAAAGGCCGAGCAGCAUGUCCGCUACAACCUCACUCUCAACACUCAGAACCUCUCUCCGCCACCGGCCGAGCCUGUGCGACCAGUGCGAUCCGAUACCGAAGUCCAUCGCGAGAUGAACUUCUCGCCCUCGAUAUUGCGACGCCGACUGACUCGCGUUCCGACGUUUAAGACGGUUGAGGACUACGAUGAGUUUGAGACCACAUUUGGCGAUCGCCCAGGCUGGCAACCUGGUUCCGAACCUGGCUACGACCCUAUGCUCCCUGAUGGAGGGCACGCAUCCAUGCCUGCGCUCCAUGCCGCCUGUGAAAUUUCCGUUAUCGACUUUGCGCAAGACAAUAUGGUUAAGCGUCACUUUGACAAUGCGAGUUUCAUAGCCUUUCUGGACGAACCCAAGGAGGAAUGGGCAAAAUGCCGAUGGAUCAACGUCAAUGGGCUAAGUUGGGAUGUGAUCCAGGCCAUUGGUAGCAAAAAGGGCCUGCAUAAAUUAGCUCUGGAGGAUUUGAUGCAAAUUCGAAACCGAACCAAGGCUGACUGGUAUCCAAACCAUGCCUUUAUUGUCAUGACGUUGCAAAAGCUUGUUCAUUUGGUGGAUGAUGAGGACGACACGACUGAUACUAGCAGUACCUACUCGUCAAAGACUGUGGAAUUCAUGGAGAGCCACUCCUCCCUUGCACCUUAUCAGAUGGCCGUUUCAGCAGAGCAGGUCUCUAUCUUUUUGACAUCAGACAACACCGUUAUUUCUUUCUUCGAGGUGUCGGCCGGUGACAUCGAGCGGCCUAUUGUGACGCGUCUCAGCACUCCGGGUACAAUUCUACGCGAGUCCAACGACGCAUCUCUCUUGUGCCAAGGUAUAAUCGAUGCUAUCAUUGAUCUCGCUAUUCCUUUGACAGCUAUCUAUACGGAUAUCAUUGCCGACAUCGAAUUGGACGUUCUUACCGCCCCGAGCAUCAGCCAGAGCAAGAAGCUCUACGUUUGCAUCAGUGAGAUCAACAAGAUGCUCAGUUUCUUGAAUCCAAUCGACAACCUUGUCAAUGUCCUUCGCGAUCACAAGACUUCGAUGACCCAUGAGGUUGCCAUGCAGGAGCUUGAGAAUCCUUCAACCGGCGUCAUAGUGACUCCCAUGACGCAUACCUACCUUGGCGAUGUUCUUGAUCACUGUAUUAUGAUCACUGAGGCUCUCCAACAGCUCAAACAGUCAUCCGAUAACCUGAUAAACCUUAUUUUCAACACGAUUUCAGCCCAUCAAAACGAGUCGAUGAAACAGCUCACGACGGUCACAAUUAUUUUCUUGCCGUUGACAUUCAUUACUGGUUUCUUUGGACAAAACUUUGCUGCGGAGGGAUUUCCCGAGAUCCACCACGGUAUCUGGUAUUUACUUGUGCAGAGAAGACACAUUCUUACGCUGAGGAAAAAGAAGAAGAGGUCGAAGCAACAAAAGAUCAAGCUCAAGAGCGGGAGUAGUGUUAUCGAUGAGAAGCAUCGGAUUGAAGCGCAGCGUUUAGGAGCAGUUUCUACUGAAUUCCCAUAG